AUGGAUCAAGGCACUGAUGCCCACGACCUCCUCAUGAAUCGCAUCAUCCCCGUGAAGCUGGGAAUUAUUGGUGUCGUAAAUCGUUCCCAGGCCGAUAUCAAUUCAGGAAAGUCAAUCGAAGACGCCCUAGCUUAUGAGGCCUCCUUCCUCCAGCGACGCUAUCCCUCCCUUGCCAGUCGUAAUGGCACCCUCUUUCUAGGCCGAACCCUGAACAGGCUGUUGAUGCACCACAUCCGAGACUGUCUGCCAGAACUGAAGACCCGCGUCAACGUUAUGGCAGCCCAGUUUCAGAGUCUACUCAACUCCUUUGGUGACGAGGUCGAGGACAAAGGCCAUCUUCUACUACAAAUCAUCACCAAGUUCAAUACAGCCUACUGCAGCACCAUAGAUGGUGUAGCGAAGGAUAUCGAGACCACUGAGCUCUGUGGUGGUGCCCGUAUCUGCUACAUCUUUCACGAGACCUUCUACUCUACCCUUUAUCGGAUUGACCCUCUUGGUGGUCUGAGCACCCUGGAUAUCUUAACGGCUAUCCGCAAUGCCACUGGUCCUCGACCCGCUCUAUUUGUGCCUGAAGUAGCCUUCGAGUUGCUGGUAAAGCGUCAGAUACGUCGGCUGGAGGAGCCCAGUCUACGCUGCGUGGAAUUAGUCCACGAGGAAAUGCAACGUAUCAUCCAGCACUGUGGCGCCCAG